AUGGUUCGCUUGGAAGAAGUACCCGACGAGGAGAUCCUCCGACAACAGCGAGCCUCGGAUGCUGCUGCCGCCGCCACUGCAGCUGAAGACGAUGACUGGGAGGAGGAAGACGAAUCUGAUGCUGAAUCGGACUUCUCUGAUGACUCUGACGUAUCUGAACGAGGACUCGCUCUCAAAGAAGAGACUGUAUGGGAACGUAUUUCGGCACUUCGCGAUAUCAUCCCACCCAGCACGCGCCGUUCGAUCGCCUCGACGUUCAACACCACCACUUCAUACGCUUUCACCGGUUCACUGCUCGCCGGCAAACUCGUCUGGGUCGUCACCACCUCGGCACUCCUUGUUGGAUUGCCGUUCGCUCUCGCUGUCGAAGACGAGUCGAGGAUCGUAGCACAGGAGAAGGAGAUGAUGGCCCAACAGCAGGGCGCUCAGCACAUGCUCGCUCCUCCAGCUUCCGCAGCUGUGCCUGGCCAGCAACAGGCUCAGCAGCAAUACCAGCCCCAGCAACAGUCGCCCCAAGGCUUGCGUCCUCCCGGUUUCUAA